CGCAAAUGCACUGUCUUGACUCUUGAGCUUAUACCCCCAAUUUCGGAAGUGCCCUUUGCUUCUCUACGUUCUUGCUGAAAUGGGCAAGCCCAAGCUCAUAUCAAUGGCGACCCCUUCUUUCUUCAAGGUCAUGCUCGCCGAUUUCAGAACCAAAUUGCGGAUUCCACCUUGUUUCAAGAGACACCUUGGAGACUCAAUCGUGCAGAGGUCAGUGCUUCGGAACUCGAUGGGUCGGAAGUGGGAGAUAAAAGUGGGCAUUGUUGAUGAUCAGGUUUUGCUCCAAGAUGGAUGGGGGCGUUUCAUAUCGGAUAAUUCGAUUAAUUCAGGAGAUUUCUUGGUUUUCUUUUAUGACGGCGAUAUGGGUUUUGAUGUUAAGAUCUAUGGGGCGACAUGCUGCGAGAAAAGAGAGGGCAGUGAAGUGAAGAUUGAAGCAGAAUCAGAAGAAGGUUCUAUCGAUAAGAGCUCAACGAUGAAAGCUAGUAGGAAGAAGGAAAGAGAGAGCAGAAGAAGCAGGCCGAAAAAGAGAAAUAUGUGCUUUAAGAUUCUUAGAGGGGUGAAGGCAUGUGAAAAGGCUUUGGAAGCUGCUUGUGCCUUCAAGAGCUCUCAUCCUCACUUUGUUACUACUUGCAGGAGGUCGCCUAGCUUGGGCAUGCGAAUUCCUGCAGAACUAGCUAAGAUAUAUAAUCUUAAGGUGAAGAACUCAAUAGUCCUCGUGGAUCCUCGUGGUACUUCAUGGUCCGUAAAAAUAUCUACCUGGGGUAGUGGGCGUCAAUGUCUGACAUCGGGUUGGAACAGUUUAUACAAGAAAAACCGAUUAAAAGAAGGAGAUGCUUGUGUAUUUGAGUUUGUCCACGGAGGCGCAGUGGUAAACGUUCACAUCUUUCGAGCUCCAGAAUAUAGAGCAAAAUUAAUUUCAAAAUCAGCAGAUCAGAGUACUUUUGGAGUCCUGAAGUGCCAAGAAACAUCAAACUGUUGGCAUGCUGCAAAAUCAAUGGAUUCAUAUAAUAUUAAGAGCGAAAUAUUUCUGAGAGUAGAUGAUAUGAAAAAGGUUCAGCAUGCUGAAAAUUCAAUGGAUUCAGAUAACAAUAAGAGCGAAAGAUUUCUUAGUGUAGAUGAUACGAAAAAGGCUCCAAAUGAAGCCAAAUCCUUUAAAUCAACCCACCCAACUUUUGUUACUGUUUGGAGGCCGUCUCGUUUACAUCGUGUGUACAUUCCAAAGAAAGUAACGCAAGAACUUGGCUUGGUGAAAGAUCAACAAACAACUCUAAUCGAUCCUUCAGGGAAAUCUUGGCGCGCAUACAUCAGAGUUCGAAGUUACGGGCAUGUAGAAUUGAGGGGUGGAUGGUGCCGCUUCUCAAGAGGAAACAACUUGGCCUUGGGCGAUGUAUGCAUAUUUGAGUUCUUUGGAGGAGCUGAGUACAUAAAAGUACACAUUUUUCGUACAUGAGAAAUACACACCUCUAAUUAGUCUCGAUCUGGUCUGCAAUUAUGUCAAUAUUGGUCUUGUUUUGUAGAAGUUUGGGAAGUGAUAAACUCACUAGCUUAUCAAGUUUAAGCCAAGAACUUUGGUGUUUAUCUUGUUCUAUGAAACCAUGAAGGCAGUUUUAUCAUAA